AUGCGCUACGAUCAGCAUCAAGAGCCGAGCAAUGACCGCCCCCGACUCUACCAACAACCAAUGCCCAACGUUUACAAUCAAUUGAUACCUACCUCAUCCAGGUAUGAACCUGCUCCUCCUUAUUAUUCGUCACCACUAUUGCACAUGUCAUCGUCCGACUACCGGCCCACAAUGGCCAGUAAUUGCAGCGCCUCCAGCACUCCAUCUAACACCGCCAAACGAUCACGUGAAGACUUGAACAGGAAGGAAAAACAGCGCAUGUCGAAGCUAAAUGAACGCAUUAACCAGCUUAAGACGCUGCUGGAUGACGCUGGUGUGCAGACAAAGAAAAAUAAACAAUCUAUUCUGGACAAUACGUCAAACUACAUUGAGAUGCUGCGUGAUGACCUUUUAGCUGCUCAGCAGAAAGCGGAGGAAGCAAAGAAUCAAGCAGAUUUGUUAUUUGUGAAGGACAAUAUGGAACAAGCAGUAACGGACAAGAUUACGAGUGGCGUGUUUCAGAAGACGACCACACCCCGGGUGGUGCUAGACAUGGAUAUGAAGACGAUCGUGUUCAACAGUGCGUUCGUCAAAUUUACGGGUCUAUCGGAGCUUGUGCUGAAGAAAAAAAAGUCGUUGCGACCGUAUUUGUGUGCCGACGAAGUCAAGUUCCAGUGUACGAUGAAGAAAGUUCGUGAUACUAAACAGUCAGUGAGUGCAGUCGUUAAAACAUCCGUUGCCAAGGUCAAUCUAAUAGCUUCUGCUGUGACGGAUAACAAGGGCAACGUUACAAACGUUGAAUUUAGUCUUAUCCCAAUGGAAACGCAGCAGCAACAACAGCGGCCAUUACUGACAAAGCGGCAGAAAAUUAGAGCCGCUCACAACGGUGCAAAAGGUAGCUAG